UCUGCAAAUCGUUUGGAUUUGAUCUUCGAUCAUUCGAUUUGAUACUACAAACAUACGUACGUACUACGUGUUUUAUUCGUUUUAAUACUGUUUUUAUUAUUUGUUUUGUGCUGUGUUGGUUGUUCAAGUACGAAGUCGUAAAUUGCGUAAAUUUAAUCCUGGUAAUAAGUUAUUUAAUCAUCUUUAAAUUUGUCUACAUAGUAUUGUGUGAUUUUUUGUAUAUGAAGGUGGACACUUCGCGAUAUUUCAUAAAAUAUUUAAAUUAGGUUAUUUAAUUCCUGCUCCUAGUGUUAUUUAAAAUGAGUGAUACAGCAGGAAAUUCAAGUUCGACUGGUUCAAGAAGUUUGAAUUACGAGGCUCUUAAGAAUCACAUACUGACACAUAAAAUUGACUGUAGUUUAUGGGCCAUAAGAAUAUUAUCUAUAUUAUUUGCAAUAGGAUAUAUUAUUCCAAUAUUUGGAAGUUCUCAGAAUGCGUAUUAUAAAGUUCUCAUUGCGAAUGCAGCCAUUAGUGCAUUACGAUUGCACCAGAGAUUGGGGAGAGUAAGGAUAAGUCGAGAAUUCCUCGCAGAAUUAUUGGUUGAAGACAGUUGUCAUUACUUAUUUUACUCGUUAAUAUUUCUAUAUGUGACACCCGUAACAUUGGCAAUUUUACCAAUUGUCCUUUUUGCCACACUUCAUGCUGCAAGCUAUUCAUUAACCUUGUUGGAUACACUUGGUCAGAACUCUUGGUGGGGCGCAAGAUUGCUCAUAUCUUUGGUAGAAUUCCAGUCUUUGAAUAUUUUAAGGCUAAUUGCAUUCACAGAAAUUAUUCUGAUGCCAUGCACGGUUCUUUUAAUUUUGAUGGGGAAAGCAAGUUUACUGAUACCUUUCAUCUACUACCACUUUUUGACACAAAGGUACAUUUCAAGGAGAAAUCCUUACACGAGAAAUAUGUUCCAUGAGCUGAGGAUUUUGUUUGAGACUACGGCUGCAAAACCAAGUAUGCCGGGUUUUCUACGUCAAGCUCUUCUUGCUAUCGUAAACUUCACUUGCAAACUUGCACCUCCUCAAAUUCAAGUUCCACCGCAGCAGUAAAUGUAGUUAUCGAUUUGUAUUACAUUUGAUAUAUUAGCAGUUUUAAGAUAAUUAGUGUAUAUCAUACAAUUAGAGUGGAAAAGGUGAGACUUUUUAUUUCAUUCCUUCUUCGGUGCGUAAGAUCUUUAUUGUUAUUUUUUGUUAAAUAAAUUUUCCAUCAAAAAUUGA